GUCGUUAAAGGGGUAGCCAAUUUCAGAUCUUGGGGGAACUUCCUCGCAGGUCCAGAUGGAUUUCCGGGACCAAAAGGAGAAAAGGGAGAUUCCUUAUACAUAACUACUAAAGGCACCAAAGGAAUCCGAGGAGAUCCCGGGCUGCCUGGUAUCAGAGGAGAAGAUGGUUUCCCAGGCAGAGAUGGAUUAGAUGGUUUACCAGGACAGCCUGGCCUUCCAGGUGAUGGUAUCAGAGGUUUCCCUGGCGAUCCUGGUUAUCCAGGCGAAUUAGGCCCAAAGGGCUUUCCAGGAGAAGCAGGCCUGCCAGGUGAAGGAUUUCCAGGUCCAAAAGGGUACCGGGGUCCUCCAGGUGACCAUGGACAAGAUGGAAACCCAGGACCUCCAGGUCUGCCUGGUCUGCCAGGAGAGCCUGGCCAGCUAGACUGUGGGCAGGUCACUGAAGACUUUUCUAGAGGAGAUGGAACUGAGCCGAUAUGGUCAGGUGCGGGCUGUGUGAGGCCACCAAAGGGAUCUCAGGGCAAGCCAGGACUGCCAGGAGCCACAGGUGCAAAAGGUGCAAAAGGAUUCCCAGGUGAUCCAGGUCCAGUGGGAUACCCAGGGUUUAAUGGUACACGAGGUGAUCCAGGUCGGGAAGGAUUCCCAGGUCCUCCAGGUUUUACGGGGCCCAGAGGAGACAGGGGCCUGAAUGGUCUACCUGGACUGCAGGGACACCCAGGCCUUACAGGAAAAUCUGGUGCUCCGGGAGCGGCAGGACUGAAGGGCUUUCCUGGCGAAGUUUCAGGAGCAGCAGCAGGUUCCCGAGGGGAUGUUGGGCUCCCUGGCUUCCCAGGGUUGAAAGGCACACCAGGAGAUCAAGGAGUACCGGGAAUUAGAGGAGCGGAUGGUAACCCAGGUUUGCCAGGACCCAAAGGACAUCCAGGACCACAAGGUCUCCCUGGUUUGAUGGGAUUGCCGGGAACACCAGGAAUGCAUGGAUUCCCAGGGCUGCCAGGAAACCCUGGGCCAGGUGGCAGGCCUGGCUCUCAAGGACCUGAUGGACCACGUGGUGCUAGGGGAGAAGAUGGUGAGCAAGGUUCUCCUGGCCCCGUGGGCCUGAAAGGUCUGUCCGGUGACAAAGGUGAAACAGGUCACCCAGGAUUGCAAGGUAUACGUGGUGUGAUGGGUCCCCCUGGCAUAAGUGGAAUGGAUGGCUUUCCAGGAGAUAAAGGUUCAAGAGGUUCACCCGGCAUUGAUGGUUUCAAAGGCAUGACAGGCCUAAAAGGAAGACCAGGCAUCAGGGGAAUCAAAGGAGAAUUUGGCUCGUUGGGUGCUCAGGGCGAUAAAGGCUCGCAGGGUGCACGUGGCUUUAAAGGUGACCGUGGGGAACAAGGGCCCCCGGGAGAACCCCCAAAGCUCAAGCCCAGCAUGAUGAUGGAAGUUAAAGGUGAAAAAGGAGAUGUUGGAGAAAGAGGCACAAAAGGAUUCUUUGGCUUAAAAGGUAGCAAGGGAAUGCCAGGCAUCCCCGGAAAGACAGGAACUCCAGGCUCCCCUGGGCAUCCCAGCUACGUGGCUGGUGUGAAAGGGGACAUUGGCUCAAAAGGGCUGACGGGUCUGAAAGGGUAUCCUGGUCCAGCCGGCUCUCCUGGCAUCAGAGGCUUCCCUGGCAGCACAGGAGGCAGGGGAGAAAAGGGUAUUCCAGGAAUUUCAGGCCAUUUUGGUACUCCUGGCUCGCAUGGUGAAAUAGGUGAAACAGGAAAUACUGUUUACCUUAAAGGAAUGCCAGGCCUUAAAGGGGAACUUGGUGUGCCAGGCUUAACAGGCACAAGAGGAGGCAUAGGACAAAAAGGCGAAAGCGGUGAUCCUGGUUUCCCUGGCAUUGAAGGCCUCAAGGGCACACAGGGUGUCCCUGGCUCUGUGGGACAGGAAGGUUUGCCGGGACUGGUCGGCCCCCCAGGGCAGCAAGGAAGCCCCGGGACUCCUGGAUUUCAAGGUGAAAAGGGAACUCGCGGCUGGGCUGGCUUACCAGGACAAGCAGGCUUGCCUGGCUUAAGAGGAAUCGAUGGACUGCAUGGUUUACCAGGGACUAAGGGCUUACCAGGAUCACCAGGUACAGAUGGCUACGGCUCUGCAGGUUUCCCGGGUGCAGUGGGUGACAAAGGGGAAGCGGGAGAGCCAAGCAGAGUGGAAGGCAGCCGAGGACCUCCGGGUCAGAAGGGAGACAGAGGUGUUCCAGGUUUGUAUCCCGGAGAAUGGGGCAUUCCUGGGCAGGAGGGAUUUCCAGGGCCUCCUGGGAUUUCAAAUAUAUCAGGAUAUCCUGGUGAUAAGGGCUCCCCAGGUCUAGAUGGAGUGCCAGGCUAUCCAGGACUACAGGGGCAGCCUGGAAUACCAGCUCCACCAGGAAGCAAAGGAGAAAGUGGACAAACAGGUGUGAGUGGACCAAUUGGCCCAAAAGGAAGCAUAGGUGAUCCUGGAUCAGCAGGGAGACCUGGCGUUCCCGGGUACCCUGGACCAAAAGGUCGCAAGGGUGAACAAGGUGUCAUCGGCUUUAUGGGCGCCAUAGGAUUUCCAGGUGAUUUGGGACCCAUCGGACCCAAGGGGGAUAGAGGAGUAACUGGCUUUCAGGGCCCUCCAGGCUCUCCUGGGCUGUCCCCUCUUCCUCCAAGGCUGGUUGCUGAGCCAGGUUCACCAGGUCCUCGUGGAAAUAUAGGACCUCAAGGAAGCCCAGGAGAUACGGGACUUCAGGGUCCACCAGGCGAUCCAGGUUUCAGAGGCUCACCUGGAGAGCCAGGACUCCAGGGCAGGGGUGGCAUUCCAGCUCCUCCUGGCUCCAGAGGUGAACAAGGAGCAACAGGGUUUCAGGGUCCGGUGGGAUUUGAAGGUCAGCCAGGCCGCCCCGGUAGCCCCGGGCUGCCAGGCAUGCCGGGUCGCAGCGUUAGCAUGGGCUACCUGCUGGUGAAGCACAGCCAGUCCGAUCAAGAGCCAAUGUGCCCAGUUGGCAUGAACAAACUCUGGAGCGGAUACAGCCUGCUGUACUUCGAAGGACAAGAGAAAGCACACAACCAGGAUCUAGGGCUGGCCGGCUCAUGUUUGGCUCGUUUUAGUACUAUGCCAUUCCUCUACUGUAACCCUGGGGAUAUUUGCUAUUAUGCAAAUCGAAAUGAUAAAUCCUACUGGCUCUCAACUACAGCACCUCUUCCAAUGAUGCCUGUGGCAGAAGAAGACAUUAGGCCAUAUAUCAGUCGCUGCUCAGUUUGUGAGGCCCCAGCUGUGGCAAUUGCUGUCCAUAGCCAAGAAGCUUCUAUUCCUCACUGCCCUGAAGGCUGGCGCAGUUUGUGGAUCGGAUAUUCCUUCCUUAUGCACACUGCUGCUGGUGAUGAAGGUGGAGGACAGUCGCUGGUUUCUCCUGGGAGCUGUCUGGAAGAUUUCAGAGCAACUCCUUUCAUCGAAUGCAACGGCGCACGUGGAACCUGUCACUACUUUGCAAAUAAAUACAGCUUCUGGCUCACUACGGUCGACCAGUCCUUCCAAAGCAAGCCCUCAGCAGAUACGCUCAAGGCAGGACUCAUCCGAAGCCAUAUCAGCAGAUGUCAAGUCUGUAUGAAAAAUUUAUAGAAUCUUUCACAGUAUAAGGAACCUGCUUUUCAUGUAGUUCUUAUACAGUGAAACCUUCCAUGAUAGCUAGACAUUUGAAUAAAUCAUGUUGGUGCUUUUUUAA